CAAUGCUCUUAGUAACCCUCUACGGUAUACAUUAAUGGCGUGUAGUGAGGCUUGAAUAAGUUAAAACUAUGGAAGAUUGUAAACUUUAUCAAGCCAUCAAAGACAACAAUGUUGUUGAUGUUAACAAGUUGCUAGCAGACGGUGAAGAUACCAAACUAAGGAAUGAAAACGGUGACACACUGCUACAUGUAGUCGUCAAACAAAAUGGCAGUCUGGAGAUUUUUAAAGCCUUGGUUUCAAAAAUAUCAGAUACAAGUCUGUUAGUUAGAAAUGAAGCGGGACAGACCGUCUAUGAUCUAGUUGUGUCAAGCGAUUACGCCAAUGAAGCAGGAGAUGUGUUAAAGGAAGCCGUCUGGUCGUGGGGUGUGCAAGGAGGCUGGGAACGACUCCAGGCAAUAGCUGCUCAAGGAUGGGAUGCAUGGCCAUAUUCCACUCAACAAGCCACAGAAAAGUCAAAAGAAGAUGGAGAAUAUAUGGAUAAAAUAGAAAAAUUUCAGGAAGAAGUGAACAAGCUUCAUUCUGCUGUAAUGGAAGGAAAUGAAGAAGUGGUACGGAAAUUUCUAGAAGAGGGUAAUGUUACAUUAUUGACAUCUGCAGACAGAACUGGAACUCUACCUCUUCAAAAAGCCAUCAUAUUUCAACAAAUUCAUAUAAUAAAUCUUUUCUUAGACUCAAAACACAAGAAAGAAAUUCUCGAUACCCUAGAUAAUAUGAAGAGAACAGCUUGUCAUUAUGCUGGUGGUUGUCAUGACGCUGGUCAAAUUUAUUCCAUGUUACAAGAAGCUGGUGCCGAUGAAAGUAUUAAAGAUUUGGUAGGAAAGUUGCCAUCAGAUUACAAUAAUAAUCCUCUGGAGCUGUCGGUCAUGGAAGUCAAGAAACGAAUCUCAGCGAUCCUGACACCAGAAGACAAAACAGACACUACUGAAUCAUCUCCCCUACAGGAAGUAGAAAAUAAACCAGUCACAGAUACGACACAAAGUACAGAAACCAGUGAAAAGGUUUCAGAUUCCCAAUCAGACUCCGCCUACAAGCCUUUAACUCCAUCUACAUCUUCCACUAGAAAACCCAUACAGAUGUACAUUUCAACCGAUAUUUACGAAAAGAAAGAUGUGCCACCGCCAGCGACAGUUGACGGCCGUUACAUUGCUCGACAUCUUGGUACAGCACUGACGUCAGCCCUAGCAGAAAUAGCUGAAUGCCGACCCUGGGAUCCGAUUGAAUACUUGGGGCACUGGCUGAUUAAAUACAGAAAAAAUCUUGAUUAUAAUAAAUCACAAGAAGACAUUAUGAAAGAUGUUCGUUCAGAAGAGGCAGCCAUGGAUGAAGAAGAAGAAUUACGAGCUAAACGCCUGGAAGAAGAACGACAGAUUCAAGAAGCAGAAGAAAAACAGAGACGAGAGAAAGAAGAGGAAGAAAGAAAGAAGAGAGAAGAAGAAGAAGAAUUACAGAAAAAAGCUAAAGAAGCAGCGUUAUUACAGAAACCACUGUUACCAACGGUAACUGAAGAACUAGAAGAAGAUACCAUGUAUAAAGAACGAGAUGAACGAGGUCAAACAGAAUUACAUAAACUAGCAGCUCAGGAAGGAGCCGACCUUGUAGCACUAUUUAACCUAGGCUACAGUCUUGCCGAUCGUGAUGGGAAUAACCAGACACCAAGAGAUAUUGCAGAAGAUCAUGACAUACAGGAAAAUAUUGAUGCUAUGGAUUCAUACAUCAGUAAUAUGAUAGAACAGGAGAAACUGGAGGCUUUACAACAAUUAUUAUUAGAUGGUUACGAUAAACUUGGUGUCGUUCUAUCACAAGUCUCCACAGACGGUCUACCCGAUGAAGUUACAGAUUUCCUGAAAGCUGUUCCAGAUUUUCAAGCUAAAAUAAGUCAAGCGUUGAAAGCGGUAGAAAGCGGAGUAUUACGAGAUGUAGCACAAUAUCUGGAUAGAAAAAAGAUUGCUCUAGCCAAAGAUAUCUAUGGACGUUCACCACUACAUAUAGCUGUUUUAAUAGAAAAUAAAGAAAUCGUACAAUAUAUUAUAAAACAUUAUCCUACAGCUGUUAAAUGUCGCGAUAAUUUAAACAGAACACCGUUACAUUAUGCAUCCGCUUUAUCUGAAGAAAUUACCAACAUACUGACGUCCUCGUCUGCCGAUCAACAGGCUAAAGAUGUGAGGGACAGAAUACCAGCAUAUUACAGCACAGAAAAAUCAGAAAUACAGCAAAUACAAAUAGCAUUCCGUACAGGGAAGGUAGAUAACUCUGACACAACCCAAACAGAAACAGAAUCAGAACAAGUAGCCGAACAGUCAAAAACCGAAACAGAACAAGUCACGUCGGCAACUGAUUAAAAGAGGAAUAACUCUAAACUAGCGACAUGACGUCCAUUUCAGCAUUGACUAUUUUUAUGUACUAAUCAAAUAACUAACUGUAUGUUCAGCAUUAAAAGUAAACAAAACUUUUUGCAUUCAGCAUUCUUUUUUUUUCACGGAAGUUAUGACUUUUUUAAAAGAUAGUAUUGUGAUAAUUCCUGCCAUUUUUUAAGGCUAUGCUUCUCCAAGGUAAAACAUCAGUCUCUGGGGCAAAUGAUGCAAAAUGACCCCUCAGAAAUUUCUUUUUCAAUGAUUUGCUUUUGAAACAGUAAGAGAAUUUACCUAUAGGCUAUGAAAUCUUGUAGGCCUAUAGGCUAUGGAAUCUUGUAGGCCUAUAGACUAUCGAAUCUGGUAGGCCCAUAGGCUACCGAAUGUUGUAUAACUCACAAAUAACAGGACCAGUACAGAACAGGAAAAUAUUGUGUGGUCAAAAUGCAUGUAUAAACGACAAUCCAUCGAAAAAUAAAAUAAUGCAUGUAAAUGUACAUUGUAUCAGAGCACAUGUAUCACACAUCAUAAAUUAUUCUACAGCAUUGUAUGUGUAUUCUUUUUAUAUACAUGAAUUAUAUAAUAAACAGCAUUGUCCAAAUCAAACCCCAUGCCAUUCAAAGUACAUACAUUGUACAUGUAUAACUGUACUUUAAAGUUGUACUUAUGCCAAAACCUUUGGAAUAUUUGUUCCUUGGAAACACCUAUAUAAUUCAAGAAAUAAACCAAUAAACCCUAUUUCAUUUCUUCAAGAAAUAAAAAAUUAAUGCAAAAACUACUGAGUUAAGAAAACACUGUUGAUUAGACUGAAAGUGCUAUUUAUUCCUCGAGACACCAAAAGAACUAAAAGUUAAAUUACCUUGGACUUACAGAUUACCACAACCAUUAUUGUAUAAGCAUUAUAAAAUAAUGUAUAAAAUUUAAAUAAUUUAUUGACAUUAUCCACUUACUUUUUUUCUACGUUUUGACAUGUGACUUUUUACAAUUUUACAUAAUCAUUUGAUGAAUGUGAUAUUUAUAUUUCAAGUGAUGUUUAUGCACUGUAUAUUCAUUAUCUGAAUGUGAUACAUGUAUUUAUAUUUCAAGUGAUGUUUAUUAUGUACUGUAUAUUCAUUAUCUGAAUGUGAUAUUUAUAUUUCAAGUGAUAUUUAUAUACUGUAUAUUCAUUAUCUGAACGUGAUAUUUAUAUUUCAAGUGAUGUUUAUAUACUGUAUAUUUAUUAUCUGAACGUGAUAUUUAUUAUCUGAACGUGAUGUUUAUUUGCUAAAUGUAUUUGAUCAUGUCUUGUACUAAAUUAUAAAUAUGGAAGUACUUUUAAAAAAAGGUACUGUGCAUGAGAAGGAUGUAUUUAUAGAACAUUUUAUUCAAAUAAACUUAUUUACUAUUUUUAUGUAAAUUAUUAUGAAAUAAAUAAAUAUUUAUUACAA